AAUUAAAAAAAAAAAAAAAGCGUACACGUUGUAACUGCCAUUGUUAGCUUUUUGUUUAAGAAAGGAAGAAAGAGUGAGAAAUGAAAUUAACGUUGUCAAGUCUCAAAAUCCUGAUAGCAAUAUUAUCCUCACAAAUUCCAACACAAUAAUAAUAGUUUGAGAUCUUAUUUUCCCAUCGUUUUGUUAGAGAAACAAAUUAGGGUUUAUUUUGAUUUUGGAAUUGGAAUUGGAAUUGAUUGAUUAUAUUUGUAUUGGAAUGGCGGCUGCAACAAUUUGCAGGCGAGUUCAUGAAUUAGGUACAAAUUCAUUGAUAAAAUCUAGGAAAUUUAGGGAUUUGUAUGGUCUGAACGCUAAUCGAUUAUAUUCAUCGUCUCCGCAUGAUCGACAUGGAAGUAGGUAUAUCGACGCUAAGUAUAUUUCUCAGCUAGUGACUUCUAAUGGCAGACGCUUGUUUCUCGUUGAUACUUUAGCACUUGUUAGGAAAUUAGAAGCUCAAGGUAUACCAUCCAAGCAAGCAGAGGUCAUUACAGCUGCAAUUACCGAGGUUUUGAAUGAUAGUCUGGAAAAUGUGGCUCAAUCUUUUAUGUCUAAGCCUGAGAUGCAAAGAUUUGAGAUGAUGCAAGAGGCUAACUUAGCUAAGUUCAAAUCUGAAGUACAGAGCUCGCAGGAACAUCAUUUUUCCCUGUUGCAGAGGGAGGCUGAGAAACUCCAGAGUGACAUAGAGAAGAUGCGUAGUGAAUUGAGGUAUGAGAUUGACAAAGUUACUGCUGGGCAGCGAUUGGAUUUGAAUCUUGAAAAAGGGAGGAUUCGGGAUGAAUUGGCAAAUCAAACUGCAGAAACAAAUAAUCUUACCAAUAAGCUUGAUAGGGAAAUUCAUGCGUUAAGGGCACAAGUGGAGGCCGCUAAAUAUGAUGUCAUCAAAUACUGCAUAGGUACCCUUGUUUCAAUCUCUGCUGUUGGCCUUGCUGUGGUGCGUAUCUUGUUAUGAUCAUGCUAUUUGUCACCCUUCUCAACCACAUAGCCCUAAUGUAAGUCUACAAAAGAUUAGCAUAACAGGUCGACUGCAACAGUUGUGAAUGUUUUUUUUCCACUCCUGUUGGGCUGAAGAAAUGGAAGAAAUAAAAGUGUAAAAUUAUUUUAGUGCAACCCAAUUUUUAGUGUUGGAUAAUUUGUAAUAGUGAUAUUCGUCAAUGCACCACCUGUUGUUCUACCUUGUACAAGUUGUACCUGUUUACUUAAGUUAGAGUGGUGACUUUAUACUUUGGCGACCACCUGCAUUUUAUAUGUAAUUCAAAAUUCCCUUGUGUAAACAUGAGAUUUUUGAUGGUUAGUAUUAAGAAAAUGUACCAGCUUUUUUAUUCAAGCGAUUCCUAGGAAAACACUUACAUAAUA